AUGAGAUCAAUUUCUCCAAAUGCAUAUUAACCAAACAAAGAUUCUUUUUUAUCUCAAGCUCAAUAAUAGAAAGCAAUAUUGAAAACACUAGUAUAUGAAGCAGUUCAUGUUCCUGUAAAUGAAUAGAUUGUUCAUGUUAAUAACAUCAGAUAAAAUAUGUCUCCAGCUAAUGUUGCUCCAAAAUCAGGUUAAACCGUUUAUAGAACCUUUUAAUCACCAAAUAAUCGUAUUCAACAAUAAACAAUUUAAAACUUUUAAAACAUCUAAACUUUGCCUUAACAAAAAGAAAUGAAAUUGCAAACUUCUGUUGCUGAAUUUUUAGUCCCAUAAUCCUAAUCCUAAGAAACAUAUACUGCAAAAAGUGAUGAUCGAAUUUAUAGAGAAGUUGAAGAUAGAAUUAGAGUCAUUAGAAAUGAAAGUGAUUCAUGGAAAUAAAAGUUCAUUAUUAGUGAAAAUGACAAAGUUAAAUAAUUGUAAGAUAUGGAAAACCAUUAUAAAAUGGAAAUGCAUAAUUAAUCCUAACAAUUAAAACAAUUUUAUUAGGUUUCUAUGAAUGAAUUAAAUGAAGAACUAAAAUAUUUAUAAAGAGAAUUGGAUAAUUAAAAUAGGGAAACUGAAAAAGCAAGAAAGAAAUGUCAUUAAUUAGAAAUGGACUAAUUUGAAUUAAAAACAUAAAUAGUUGAUGCUAUUGCUUAGAAAGAUUAAGCAUAAAAAGAAUUGGCACGAAUGACUAAUCUAUACCAAAGAAUUAAAAUUGAUAUGGAUGAAAUGAGAACAUAAUAGGAGAUAAUGAAAAAAAGAGUUGUUAAUGAAUAAGAGUUAGAAAAACUUAAAGAAAUUAUUAAUUAAAGAGAAAAUGAAAUUGAUGAUUUAAAAAUAAGAAACUCUUAAUUAGAAAUAUUAAGUAUGGAUGUUCGAAAGUUGGAUACUUAAAAUCAUGAACUCUAAAAUCAAUUAGAAAUACUCUCAUCAUAAAUUUCUAUAUAUGAAACUAAAAUUGUAGAAUAAAGAAAUGAAUUUGAAAAUUUAAAUUCCAUAAAUAAACGUCUCAAUAAUCAAUUACAAGAAAAAAAAAAUCAUGAAAAUCUUUCAAAAAAUAUCUAUGAAUAAGAAAUGCUCAAUUAAUUAAAUCAAGCUUAAGUCCUCUCCCAAGAAAAAGAUAAUUAAAUUAAAUCAUUAAAUAUAUAAUUCUCUCAAUUAUAAUUAAAGUAUGAUUAAUUACAAUAGCAAAUACUAUCUAUUCGUGAAAACUAUGAAUAAGAAUUAACAGAGGCAAGAAUGAAGUAAGGAAAAUUUGAAUAAGAAUUCUAAGAUGAUAUUACUUAGAAGUUUUAAUUAAUGACAAAUGAAAUCCAACAACUUCAAUAAGAAAGAUAAUAAUUAUUAAAUGAUUUGUCGUCAUAAUCAUAACAAAAAGUAUUUUAUUGAAUUAUUAGUUAAGAUUCGAUAUGAUUAAAAACUCUAACAGUAAUAAAAAGAAAUCGAUAAUUUCAAUUACUAAUCACAAUUAAGAAAUAAAGAAUUAGUUGAUAAUAAAGAAACAAUUAAUUAAUUGAACAAAUAAGUAACAGCAUUGUAGAAAGAAAAGCAAAAUCUAUAAGAGGAGAUUCAUGUAAAUAUUGGUAAAUAAACAUAGAAAUUGCAUUAUUAAUAUUAAGACUUUAAUAAAGUUAACUAUUAAUAUGAAAAAGUACUUUGUAGUAUUGAAAUGGAAGCAUUAAGGGAAAGAUUAGAUAUUGCACUUUCUGAAAUAGAAUCAAUAAAGACUAAUUAACUUUCUAUGUAUAAAUAUUCCUGA